CCCAAUCGCUCGCAGGUCGCAGCGCUUCGACCCGGACCCCGGAGCGGAGGCCGGAGGGGGAAUCCACAGCCGCGGUGCCGCGUUGGGAGCAACAGGGACGGCGGAGGCGGUGAAGCCAUGGAGAAGCCGCUACCGGAGCCUGCCCCUUCGGCAGCCGCGGAGGAGGUGGCCGAGCGGUUCAGGUCGCUCGUCGACCCCGAUGACAUCGCCUCCAUCAGGCAGACGCAGCACCUCAUACUGGGGCGAUUGCAAGAUAGCAAUGCAGUUCUCACUCAUUUCAAUGACUACUCCGAACAAUGCUUUGCAGAAGUGUCUAGUGAUUUUGCUAGUAAAACUCGCCUUCUCAGGUCCAUGAAGGCUGAUCUUGACCAUAUUUUCACAAAGCUAAGAGGGAUGAAAGCUAGGUUAGCAGCCACUUAUCCUGAUGCUUUCCCUGAUGGUGCAAUGUCAAAGACGAUGGACCAGAGACCGGACCUUGAAAGUCCUCUGGAUUAGUUGGCCUAACAUCAAAAUUCGGCAUAUUAGUGACGAGAUAUGCAGGCAUACCUAAGAGUUAUUUAAUAACUCUGGAGUUGCAGAAAUUUCUAGCUUUGAGUGACCUAUGCUUCCGCUUAUACAGUUGUAACUCUGUGUAUUAGAACUGGGCUUAAUAGAUCAGCAUCUUUGUUGUGUUGUAAAUAUUGCAUCUUGGCAAAUCAGGGUGUGUUUGGUUUGAGGAAUGAGGUUAGUGGAAUGGAAUGAGUUGAUCCAUCACCACCUCAUUUCUCACAAGCUAA